AUGUUCCGUGGGAAGAUGAGCACCAAGGAGGUGGACGAGCAGAUGCUGAAUGUGCAGAACAAGAACUCGUCCUACUUCGUGGAGUGGAUCCUGAACAACGUGAAGUCGAGCGUGUGCGACAUCCCUCCCAAGGGCCUGAAGAUGGCGUCCACAUUCAUCGGCAACUCCACCUCGAUCCAGGAGAUGUUUAGGCGUGUGAGCGAGCAGUUCACAGCAAGCACAAUAAUUUGCACCGUGUAUUGUCAUGGAAUAUUUGUUAUAAUCUGGUAUAAAUAA